AUGAUUUAAGCUGAUUCGGAUUCAAGUAGAAGAGUGGCAUACUUUUAUAAUAGAUUGAUAGGAAAAUUUCAUUAUGGUAAGGAACAUCCUAUGAAACCUAAACGUAUCGCAAUGGCUCAUAGCUUAAUAGUAAAUUUUGGGUAACUAUAUAGAUCAUUGGAUGUAUAUCUGAUUAGAGAAGCAUAAUUAGAAGAAUUGAAAAAGUUUCAUGAUCCUGAAUACGUUACUUAUUUAAGUUAGUAUAUGAGUGACAAUAAGGUAAACUUUGUAAAAGAGUACUGUUCAACAAAUAAUGAUGGUGUAAUACCUGAGAACCUACUUGAAGAAUAUCGAUUAAUAACUAAAUGGAGUCAAAAUAAGAAUACUAAGAAUCUGAAUGCAGAAUACAAAGUAGGAGACUCAGCAGAUAAUCCUACAUUUUCAGGCCUUUUCUCAUAUUGUUAAUUCAGUGCAGGUGCUAGUAUAGAUUGCGCACAUACAAUUUUAACUGGAUAAGCAGAUAUAGCAAUCAAUUGGUCUGGAGGAUUGCAUCAUGCUAAGAAAAAAGAGGCUGCUGGAUUUUGUUAUAUAAACGAUAUAGUCUUGUGUAUUUUAGAGUUAUUGAGAAUUUAUGUUCGAGUCUUGUAUGUGGAUAUAGAUUGUCAUCAUGGAGAUGGAGUUGAAGAAGCAUUCUAUUUAACCAAUAGAGUCAUGACUUUAUCAUUUCAUUAAUAUGGAGAUGACUUCUUUCCAGGAACUGGAUAAUUGAAUUCAGUAGGGUUAGGAGUAGGCAGAUAUUACGCAGUUAAUGUGCCGUUAAAACCAGGGAUUUCAGAUGGACCUUACUUAGAUUUGUUUAAGAAAGUUACAAGCAGAGUCAUGGAGACUUUUCGUCCUGAUUGCGUUGUUGUGUAAUGUGGUGCAGAUUCAUUAUCACUGGAUCGAUUAGGAGCACUAAAUUUAUCCAUAAAAGGACAUGGAUAGUGUAUUACCUAUAUGAAAUAAUUUGGAGUUCCAUUGAUUCUUUUAGGAGGAGGAGGCUAUACCAUUUAGAAUGUGUCUAGAUGUUGGGCUUACGAGACAGGGUUAUGCUUAGGAUAGAAUAUUGACGAGCCUAUUCCAACUAAUGAUGUUUACUAUAAAAAUUAUAGCGGGGAUUAUCAUUUACACUUUCCAAUCCAAGAACAUGUUGAAAACAAAAAUAAAGCUGAAGAUUUAAACAAAAUUGUAUCUCAAGUGUAUGAUCAUCUGAAAAACUUAGAAAAUGCACCAGGAAUUCAUUUUCAUGAUGUUCCUUAUUCAUUCUAUCCAAAUAUGGAUCUGGAGAAUGAAGAUGACAAUAAAAUAAACAUGGACAUGAAACAAGAGAUAUCUUUAAGCGAAUUGGAAUAAGAAAUAGGAGUAUCUGAUGAAGCUAAUGCUAUCUCAGUUAAUUCUGGUUCUAGAAAAAUACAUUCAAAAGAAGUUUGA